UUGGUUUAAUCGAAGACGAAUCAGAUGGCACAAGUGAAAGGCGUCCCCCGACAAUGGACACAAUUAUGAACCAUAUCAAAUCAACGCAUCCCUAUCUGGUGGAAAAUGAGAAGGAAGUUAACGAAGGCGGGCUCUCGGGGUUGGUGAAUUAUGCCAACAAGUGCUCGAUGAUAUACCUGCAGACCAUGCAACGUUACUUUCAGUAUUCUUGGGAAAAGAAGACACACACCUCCGACCACCCAGAUAUAACGCUCCCAAGGGCAUUGUACACUUCAUUUCUUUGGGAACUUAAUGCUGUUGAUCAGGAUGCGUCCAUCUGGGACAGUUCUGGACCACGCCUCGUUGACCAGUGGAUGGACAGAUUAAAUGAUGGCUGCACUCCGGACAUGCUGCUCAGAGAAUUGACCGUUAGGCGCUACAUUCGAUCAAACACCAACGACGGACACUUGCUUUUUGACGAACUUUUAGACACCGUUGACUCUUGCAUUAAUUACAUCCAACUUGGCACUCGAUUGGUGCUGCGCGACAUUAGAAAUUUCAUAACCCGCAGACUGGCCGUAUUCAGAGAAUUUCAGGAGCUCAAAAUUGAGAAAGUCCAUCGCAUCCAGCGUCAGUUCAUGGACUUGGUCAUCCCCAGCAGUUGUCUGUCGAACGUCACUGUGACAGACGAACUUCCUUCUUUCCGAGCUUCCACUCUCAUUGCCCAGUACGAACGUAUGAAUGAAAUGUUUUCAACCUACAUGCGCAAUGGACGUCUGAAAUCUUUACAAAGUCUACGCGCUCUAAUGGAGAGAAUCUUUAAGUGAUUUUUGCUUGAA